CUUUCGCUUCGCUUACAUCGCCGCCACCUCCCCAAGCAGCCGAAACCCUAGGCCCUAGCCGCCGCCGCCGCCGCUGUGAUCACUGAGACCACCACCGCAGCCAUGGCUGCCGUGCUCACCCGCCCGCCCGCGGGCACGGUCCAGUGCUUCGGCCGCAAGAAGACGGCGGUGGCCGUGGCCUACACCAAGCCGGGGCGCGGGCUGAUCAAGGUGAACGGCGUCCCCAUCGAGCUGAUCCGCCCCGAGAUGCUCCGCCUCAAGGCCUUCGAGCCCAUCAUGCUCGCCGGCCGCACCCGCUUCAAGGACAUCGACAUGCGCAUCCGCGUCCGCGGCGGAGGGAAGACCUCGCAGAUCUACGCGAUCCGACAGGCCAUCGCCAAGGCGCUCGUGGCCUACUACCAGAAGUACGUCGACGAGGCCGCCAAGAAGGAGGUCAAGGACAUCUUCGCCCGCUACGACCGCACCCUCCUCGUCGCCGACCCCAGGCGCUGCGAGCCCAAGAAGUUCGGUGGUCGCGGUGCCCGCGCGAGGUUCCAGAAGUCCUACCGUUGAGAUGUUGCCGGAUCGUUGUGGGUGUUCUCGGCUUUGCCCUAUCAAUGCACCUGUUCAUCUGGUUCUAUAUCUAGCUGCCGCUUUACUUCCAAGUAUCGGGGCAUUUGAAUCGUAGUCUCAAACCUUUUUGACAUUGUGAUAUGAAUGUGAUGGAAAUUUGAAAGCUUUCGGCUAGUCUCUUGAAUAUGGUUAUGCUUGUUACCUAUGUGGAAUAAUUAUGAUAUGUUUGCCUUA